AUGAGCGAACGACGAGAAAGUCUUACCUUUCAGGACCCUGAGAAACGGGCAAAGUCGGAUGCCGAACCGGCCAGUUUGGCUGACCACUUACGUGGCCGCCAAUUCAGUGUCGAUGCCACCGAUGUCGCCAUUGUCGAGACCGACCAAGGCAAGCUACACCGGAAUUUGCAAGGGAGACACAUGCAGAUGAUCGCCAUUGGCGGUGCUAUUGGUGCAGGUCUCUUCAUCUCAAGUGGUGGUGCCUUUCAAACUGGAGGUCCUGGCGCCGUGCUCAUCGGCUUCAUGAUCAUUGGCUUCAUGGUAUACCUCAUGAUGCAGGCACUUGCCGAAUUGGCCGUCAUGUACCCCAUCAAUGGAGCAUUUACCAUGUACAUCUGCAGAUUUAUUGACCCUUCGUGGGGGUUUGCCUGUGGAUGGCAAUAUGGCAUUGGUUGGCUCACUGUGCUUCCUUUCGAAAUUUCGGCAGCUUGCAAUAUUAUCCACUUCUGGACGAGUGUAGAGAACGUGAAUGAUUGUGCUUGGAUCAUCCCGUUACUUUUCGCUCUUACCGUCAUCCAGUACUUCGGAGUCAAAGGCUACGGAGAGGUCGAGUUUGUUCUCAGCGCAAUGAAAGUUACUGCCUGCAUUGGAUUUAUCAUCCUGGGAAUUAUCAUCGACUGUGGCGGCGUGCCAACUGACCACCGAGGCUAUAUCGGCGCCAAAUACUGGCAUCAUCCAUACAGCGCCUUUCUCAAUGGCUUCCACGGGUUCUGUACCGUCUUUGUAACGGCAUCCUUUGCUUUUGGCGGAACCGAACUUACUGGACUGGCCGCCGCCGAGGCCCAAAACCCGCGGAAAGAAAUUCCCAAGGCUACGAGACAAGUCGUGUGGCGUAUUUGCAUCUUUUACCUCAUCAAUCUCUUCCUCAUCGGUUUGAUUGUCCCUGAAAACAGCCCGCUUUACAACGGCCCGGGAGCUGAAAGUCGACAUUCGCCUUUUGUGAUUGCUAUCGAACUAGCAGGCAUCAAAGCACUCCCUUCGAUAUUCAACGCCAUGAUUUUGAUUUCAGUGAUGAGCGUUGCCAACUCCUGCACUUUUGCCUCGACUCGAACUUUCCAGGCAUUGGCUCAACACGGUAUGGGACCCAAGCUGUUCGCCUAUGUCGACAAGAAGGGCCGUCCCCUUGUUGUCACCCUUCUGCAACUUCUUUUUGGAUGUUUGGCCUUCCUCAACUUGGACAAGAACGGAGGUGGUAACGUCUUCAAUUGGCUUCUGGCCUUGUCUGGUCUCUCCUCAUUCUUUAUUUUCGGCAGUAUCGCCGUGGCUCACAUCCGCUUCCGGGCUGCAUGGAAAUAUCAAGGCCACAGCGUGGACGAACUCCCCUUCAAAGCCGCGUUUGGUAUCUGGGGCUCUUAUGUUUGCGCCGUCCUGAAUCUUGUUUGCUUGAUCGCCCAGUUCUACGUCGCUCUUUACCCGGUUGGUGGGCCCUAUCUCAACGCCACCAUAUUCUUCCAGGACUAUCUUGCGGGCCCCUUCAUCGCGGUCCUGUACGUGGGCUGGAAGGUCUGGUCGUGGUUCAAGGUCAAGGAGCAUCGCCCGCUGUAUGUCAAGAUCAAGGAUAUCGACAUUUACUCGGGAAUGCGUGAGGGACAGGCUGAACUUAUCAGUGGGCCGGGGGUCUCGGAACAACAACGCCGAGAAAGCAUCGCUGAGUUGCAGGAGGAAAAGAAGAAGAAGGGAGUCAUGGACUGGGUGAAGGCUAUCGUGCACUCUAUCUUCUAA